AUGGCUGAGGACGAAGUGUUAUUCGAUGAUGUGUAUGAAUUGUGCGAAAUUAUUGGCAAGGGGCCAUUCAGCCUUGUCAGACGCUGUGUACAUCGCCAGACGGGACAACAAUUUGCAGUAAAAAUUGUUGAUGUAGCUCGUUUUACUGCAAGUCCUGGGCUUAGCACUGCAGAUUUGAAACGAGAAGCUACAAUAUGCCAUAUGCUAAAACACCCACAUAUUGUAGAACUCUUAGAAACAUACAGCUCAGAGGGAAUGUUAUACAUGGUCUUUGAAUACAUGGAUGGCUCUGAUCUUUGCUUUGAAGUUGUGAGAAGGGCAACUGCUGGAUUUGUUUAUAGUGAAGCUGUUGCCUGCCAUUACAUGCGCCAGAUUCUCGAGGCACUGCGCUACUGCCAUGAGAACGACAUAGUACAUCGAGAUGUACGGCCGCACUGCGUGUUACUCGCCGGUCGCGAUAACUGCGCGCCCGUCAAGCUCGGCGGUUUCGGUGUUGCCGCCCAGCUGCCCGCGCCCGCCGCCCACCGCGCCCCCCCAGAACUGGUGAUGGACAAUCGACCACUAGUGGGUCCUAUGGGCCAAGCAUAUCUCAAAUCCGAUGAGUAUGGCCGUAUCGGCACGCCCCACUACAUGGCGCCCGAAGUGGUGUCGAGCCAGCUGUACGGGAAGCCGGUGGACGUGUGGGCCGCCGGGAUACUCCUCCACGUGCUGCUGGUCGGCUAUCUGCCCUUCACCGGCACCAGGGAGAGGCUUUUUGAGGCCAUAUGCCGGGGGCGGUUGCGGUUCGAUGCACCGCUCUGGGAUGACAUCAGCGAUUCGGCCAAGGACUUGGUGCAGCGGAUGCUCACCGUUGACCACACGCAGCGCAUCAACAUCCAAGAAGUCCUCAAUCAUCGAUGGAUAAGAGACCGCGACAAGCAGAACCGCAUCCACCUGGCCAGCACCGUCGAGGAGCUGAAGAAGUUCAACGGGCGCCGGCGGCUGCGCGCCGCCACGCUCGCCGCGGCGGCCGUCGACGACGACGAGGAGGAGGAGGCGCCGCCGCGGCGGCACGCGCUGCUCGAGGAGGCGAACGCGGCCGCCGUCAACCUAGUCGUGGAGUCGUUGGACGACGUCGCCGUACUGCAAGACGGCCCCCUCUUCAUGGAUCCCGAUCUAUUCCACAGCGUCCUCGACGAUCUACAGCUCAGGGCGCUGCUAGAGGUGUACGAUAGGAUUGCGUGCACGGUGGUCGUGAGCAGUGGACGAGCACCCGCCGCUGAGGCGAGGUCUCGGAGCCGACAGGCGUUGGAGGCGACGGCGCGCGUGCGGGCGGCGGCGCCCCCCGCCCCCGGCGGCCCCGCCCCCGCGGCGCACGUGGCGCACGAGAUACGCCGGCUGCUUUCGCUGCCGCACAUGAAGGUAGGUCACCACCACCGCCCACCACUGCGAACUGCGCACCCGACAGACGUUGUUCUGUACACACCACUUAAAUCCGACAAC